UCGGGUCCCCGUUCGGAGCACUAACUCGGGGGUCUGUGCUCCGCUUCCCAUCCGCGCUGCAGAAAGCUCGCGACUGGCGAACCCACGCCUAUGGAGCCACCGUGAAACAUCAUGCGUUUCUCUCCUUCGCCGAUGUGAGUUUCGCGCCGCCACAGAAAAGUCCGUAAGAUGGACAAUUCCGACAGUUCGCGCGACAAUCAUGUAAGACGACGCCGCUCGGCUCGCGCUGCGAUCGCGCCGCGUUCCCAAGUUCGAGCGACGUUUCUCGCGCUGGUUGCAAUGCGGACGCAGCGCUCCCGCGCGCGCGGCGGGCACCGCGAUGCUGAAGUUUGAACCCGGCGGCUGCGCUCGCGACGUUCCGUUACCGCGCGCGUGGAACUUGAGGCGGCGGCACGUGCCCCGGCGGCGCUCGCCCGUCCCCGCCACCGGAAAAGAGUCUCCCGCACUCGAGGACGCGCAGCAAGACGCACGUUAAUCCAAAAGGGCUGGAAUCCACUCGGCGCCCUUUUCGUCGCGCGUCUCCCUGUUUGCGGAGGUUCUGUUCUCGAUCUCCCGCCACUUUGAACAACAACAAGUGGACCCCUUGGCAAAGUUGCAGCCUGCGAACCAAAAAUCGUGCUAUAUGAAGAUCCCCGCAUCGGCGCUGCUUCUCCUCCGCAGACAUGCCCGUGCGUGCCGUGACUUCCACGUUAAUGUACAGGGGCCUUUGCACUAUUCCAGAUAUCUUAUCCUACCGGACGCCCGUCACCCUCCCCGAGGACGAGCUGGAAGAGAUCCGAGAGGCCUUCAAGGUGUUUGACCGUGAUGGGAAUGGCUUCAUCUCCAAGCAGGAGCUGGGCAUGGCCAUGCGCUCCCUGGGCUACAUGCCAAACGAGGUGGAACUGGAGGUCAUCAUCCAAAGGCUGGACAUGGAUGGGGAUGGGCAGGUGGACUUUGAAGAAUUUGUCACGCUCCUUGGACCCAAGCUGUCAGCGGCCGGGAUGCCAGACAAGUUCCACGGAACCGAUUUUGACUCUGUCUUCUGGAAGUGUGAUAUGCAGAAGCUGACAGUGGAUGAGCUGAAGAGGCUUCUGUACGACACAUUCUGUGACCACCUGUCCAUGAAGGACAUCGAGAACAUCAUCAUGACCGAGGAGAGCCACUUGGACAGUCCGGAGUGUCAGGUGGAUAUCGACACGAGCCCCACUCAGCAGGUCAAGCACACCUGUGUGCGAAAGAGUUUGAUCUGUGCCUUCGCCAUUGCGUUCAUCAUCAGCGUCAUGCUCAUCGCAGCCAAUCAGAUGCUGCGCAGGGGCAUGAAGUAGGAGGGGCACGGGAUGGACACACCCACUGCUUCCCCUCUCUCUGCAUCCCUAGUCCAAAGCCUCAGUGUGAA